UUGCAGUGUGCCUGCGAAACCGGCCAUAAUUGCUGUUGACAGCUAUAUAAAUAUAUGUGGGGAAACUUUGGGAGUUUGAAAUGACAGCUAUAGGCUAUAUACAGUAAGAUGACGUUUCCUUCGGGGUCACAUGACUCUUUACAGUAAGUCCAACAUGGCAGGCGGAGUGGAUCUUACGCGGUAACUAAAGCAACAUUUCAACUGAAACAGAUAAAAUUCAACACUACUCCGCGACAGGACAUCCACGAUGAGGGAGAGACAGAAGAAAAAGAAGGGGAGGACGUGGGCGGAAGCCGCCAAAACGGUUUUGGAGAAAUACCCUAAUACGCCUAUGAGCCAUAAAGAAAUCUUGCAGGUGAUCCAAAGAGAAAGGCUUAAGGAAAUAAGAAGCGGAACCUCGCCGUUGGCAUGUCUGAAUGCAAUGCUGCACACAAACUCUCGCGGCGAGGAGGGGAUCUUCUACAAAGUUCCAGGCAGAAUGGGAGUUUACACAUUGAAGAAGGACAUCUCAGAUGUGGCAAAGGAGCUGUCUGAGGAGGACUCUGAGGAGAGUAGUGACAAUCUCUCUGACUCCCGAAGCACAGAAAACAACAGCAGUGCUAUCACACAAGAGGGCAGGAGAGGAAGAUGGAUGCGAAGAGUUCCCUCCAAGUUGCAAUCGCAGCCGUCGUCUCCGCAGCCUCGAUGCUCUUCGCCUUCUGUCCCCACCAGUAAGCUCAUCUCUCCCUCGCAGAAACACAGCAAGAAAGCUUUGAAACAGGCCUUGAAGCAGCAGCAACAGAGAAACCAGCGCCGGCAAGGGGGAAUGCCAGCAACCUCCAGUCCCAGACUGCUUCUGAAGACCAUCAAAGAUAUGGCUGACAACAUUACUACCAAGACAGACCUCUGCCACCCGGUUGUACCCAGGAAAGUUUCUCAGAGGUCAGGUCGCAUUAGUGCAGGGCAACUGAAACGUACCAAGUGUAAAAUAGACGUGGAGACACCAGACUCUAUUUUGGUUAACACCAACCUGCGGGCAAUCAUCAACAAGCACACCCUCUCUGUCCUUCCCCCAGACUGCCAACAGAGGCUGCUCAAACUUUUGCCAGAAGUUGACCGGCAGGCAUGCAUGGACGGCCUUCUGAAGGUCACUAGUUCUGCCUUAAACAAUGAGUUUUUCACAUCAGCGGCACAGUCAUGGAAGGAGAGACUGGCUGAGGGAGAAUUCACUCCGGAGUUGCAGUUACGAAUGCGUCAAGAAAUUGAGAAAGAAAAGAAAGUUGAGCACUGGAAGGAGGCCUUCUUUGAGAACUAUUUUGGUGAAAAUUCUGGGCUCAGCUAUGAAGAAUCCAAAGAGCUGACAAGGGCUGAUCUGAAUCAGGAGUCUGCCAGGCCCCAGUCCCGUCCUCAUCAGACAGGACCUGCCACUCAAGCAACGGAGGAAACCAAGGACAGCCGCCAGACUGAUGGUGCCACUACCGCUGUUGUGAAAGACACAAAGCCAACACGGCCAUCAUCACAGGAGCCUCUGAAGGUGCAGCCCGCUCAGAAGGACUCUCUCUUCACCACAGAGCCCAUGAAGACUCGGCGCUCACAGUACGCAGAAGAUCGUAAGUUGAACACAACCGCUCAGUCUGGGCCAACGCCUGCAGUGAAAACGCCAGAGGUUGAGAGACGAACAGAACGGGCCACAGCAUGUGGACUGCCUGAAACUGAGCACAGAGAGGAAGUGAAGGAGGAGAAAACUGAACUCCCCCUGUCGCCCGUCAAGAAGAGCCCUCCGCCAAAGGCCAGCCCAGAGUUAAAAGAGGAUCAGCCGGCGUCUGUGGUUACGCCUGCUGAGGAGAGUGAAGAGGUCAUCCCUGAGCCCAGAGGCUCCUCAGAGACACUGAAAAGAAAGUCUCCUAGCGAGACCGAUGUUGAAUUGACACCAGAGAAAAGGCCCCGUAUGUCCUCAGUUUCCUCAGUAUCCUCAGUCUCCUCUGUAUCUCCUCCAGCAUCAUCCAUAUCCAGCCCUGCUACACCUACUCCAGCAACAAAUCAGAGAGUUCCACCGCUCAAGAUCCCAGUGUCAAGAAUUCUUCCUGUUCCUGUGUCACCAAGCCAAGUCUCACCCAGGACACCCCUCCCUGCCCCUCUCAGCAGCCCUGGUCGCACUGGUGCUCGCACUUUGGCUGACAUCAAAGCCAAAGCUCAGCUCGCCCGAGCACAGCGAGCAGCGGCUGCCGCAGUAUCAUCUGCUUCUAAGGGAGCCAUGUCAGGCCCAGGGCCAGGUGGAGGUAGUGCUGAGCAGACACAACCAUCUCCAAGCCCCAGCCCAACAUCCCCACAGGCAUCAACAAGGUUACCAGUCAACACCAGCAGCAGCAGCAGUCAGACCAGUGCACUUUCCCACCCGCUGGACUCUUUUGGUCAGCAAAGUCCAAGUCUGUCUCAGACCUUUUUCUCAAGCAAGACUGAUGACAAACAGACAGGUAAUUCUGCUGAAACUGUCACUUCAGGGCUCCAUAACAUUCAAAAGAGUUCAGACUCAUCAUCACAACUCAUUCCUUCAUCUGUGCAUGCUAUGAAGGGGCAGGAAAACCCAUCACCUGCUGGAUCAUCAACCAGGACCAGUUCCUGUAUCCCUGCAAACAACCCGCUGGUCACUCAGCUUCUGCAGGGAAAAGAGGUUCCCUUAGAGCAGAUCCUCCCAAAACCUCUGGCCAAGGUGGAAGUGAAGAUGUCAAACGUACCCUCGGGUAAUAAGGGGAAGACGUCACGCUCGGCCACUGCUGCUGGUGGUGGUGCUGAGCAUAAGCCCGAUAAGCAGAUGUCCCACCAGUUCAAUACAGCAGGACGGGUUUUCUCUGAAUACGCAAGACAUCACAGGGAACUUCCUGAUAAAGAGACUCAGGAGCAGAUUUUACAGGCUCUAAUGCAGAGGAAAGUCCAGCAGAGCCAGCCUUAUGCAGGUCUGGGGCCUCAUCCGCCUCAGUACGAAGCCCAUCAGAUAAUGCAUGCAGAAGAGCAUCAGGACCGACCCAGGAUUUCUGUAGGAUUUUUGGGUCGUAAGAGGAUGCCCAGGCCUGCCAUGACUGGACAUUAUCUGCUCAAUGUGUCCACAUACGGCCGAGGGUCAGAGAGCAAGAGACUGCAUCAGUCUGCCAUCCCAAACACAUCUGUGUCCAGUUUAAAAAGGGAAAGCACAGAAGGAGAGGAGGCGGCGGCUAAAGAGGAGGUUUCUGGUGUUAAAACGGAGCAGCAGGGAUACUCCAUAACCAAGUCUGAUGAAGCGGGGAGCGUUCAGCAUUGCUCCAACGUAAAGACUGAGCCUGGAUCAGAGGACAGUGCAGCUGGUGCCGACAACAACAUCACCAGCGCGACAGCCAAAGACACCAGCCCUUUUUCUCAGUCACACCAAAGGCACCUCGAACUCCGCAAUAGUAAUCAAGGAAAUUCCGAGCCAUAUAUUUCCCAAAUGGACCCCAGUCACCAGCGGCCGUCUGCCUUUCAAACCCAGAGAACGCUCGAUAAUCAGGAACCCGUGGUAGCGUCAUGCUACAGUGGCACUAUCAGCAUGUCUGUACCUCACACUUUGAACCACAGCACUGCAGGCACCGCCUCUUCCACGUCCUCAUCAGAGGCCGACAGCGGUGGCGUCCACGGGAGCGUCAUGUCUUUCUCCGUGACUGUCACCACCAUACCAGCCGGUCACUCGUUAGACCACGGUAACCAGAGCGAGCCCUCACCCGAACAGUCGUUCAUAGAGGGCUCCAACAUGGAGGAGGUCCAGUCUAAAUGCUACUGCCGACUGAAGGCGAUGAUCAUGUGCAAAGGAUGUGGAGCCUUUUGCCAUGACGACUGCAUCGGCCCCUCGAAACUGUGCGUCUCGUGUUUAGUGGUACGAUGAUAUGAAAUUAAUAACUAGAAGAUAUUGUGGUUUGAUUUGUAUUGAAUCAAGGCACGAAGCAGAAGCAGGUCAUUCAGAAUCAAUUACAAAAUCAUUGCUGGGGUAAAGCACAUUAGCCACGCUCCAUACAAAAAAAAAAAAAAAAAAAAAAAACCAGCAUGUGGUCGCUGUUGGAAAGGCAAGGAUUUACACUGGAUGGUCUUUUGUUUCACCAACAUCUAAGAAAAGUUGUUUUGUGCAAUUUUUUGGUAGAAAUGUCAGUUUUCAAUCAAAUCAGUAGUCUGUCAGAUGUGUGACGAAUAUAAAAAAUCUGGCAAUGUUUGCACUUGGUUAGGAUUAGUGUGAUAUAUUUUUUUAAAUAUAUAUUUGUGUAGUUUUUAAAAAAAAAAAAAAAAAAAAGGAGGGAAAAAUGAAUGUUGAUAUUUUUGUAGAACAUAAUGACUGUUGUGUUUUAGACUGACACUUUUUAUUAUUGGGCCUAAUCAGUUAUGGUUUAAAGGCAAAAAAAGGGCGCUAAUGAUAAUCAUUUGGUUGUAGAGUACCUCCUAUUUGGCAUUUAUGCACGCAUGGCAGGGAAGUGCAACUUACAGUAACUAUUUUAUAUAAAACUGUACAUUUAUUACUGAACACACUCAGAUUUAAGAACUAGAAAGAACAUGUAUAGUUUUAGAAAGAGAAUAUAAAAGGAGUUUUGAAUGAUACUUUAUAAAAAAAUCAACUCAUGAGGAUUGCACGUCACAUGAUUUUUUUUUUUUUUUUUUUGGACUAACAGUUACAGGUGGAAGCACUUGAAAAUCACCUGGAUAUAAGGUAGUAACUGUGUACAGCACUUAAAUUCAAACAUAGGGGACAAAAAAAGAAUCAUUUAUAUAUAAAAAAUGCCUAUAUGUUCCUUUUGACGACAGAAAAUCGAGAUCUUUUCCAUUUCAGGUCAAGGUCUAGAGUCACUUCCUACUGUUUAAACCAGCAUUUUCUCCCCAAAAAAGCCGGUUUUGUAGAUAUUGUCUCCCUUGAAGUGGGUUUUCUUAUGCUUGUAUGUCUGUAUAGGUAGAGUAAAUAUCAGCAGCAGUGGCAAACAGUAAAAAAAACAAAAAACACUCAAGGCAUGGGGAGAAAAUGAAGAUAAUUGUUUUGUUUAUUUCACUGUAAAUAUUUGUUCAUUCAUGGUAUAUGCAUAGAUGUAGAAAUUUAUUUUAUUUUAUUCAUGCAGCACAUCUUGCUCGAGCAUAUCCAGCGGUUUAUUUACAAAAUAUUUUUCACUGUGGAAAAAAAAGAAAAAAAAAAAAAAUGGAAAAGAACAGUAAAACGCUAAAUGCUUCAGCAUGCCGUGCUGAAUCAGUGUAAAUCAUAAGAUGAUUCAGCAUAGCACGCUUCCAGUUUUACAAAAAUGAUUUGGAGGUACAAUAUGACACACCGAUUAACAGGCUGCUGUAACACUUCACAUUAAAAAAGGCUGUUUUCCAGAGAAUUUGGAGACUCAUCCUCCAUAGUAAUGUAUUGUAAGCAUUAAAUAAUACUGUAUCCUGUUUAUUUAAUACACAGUAAUCUACGUGCGUGACGUACAAGGAUGAACACUGUUGUUGUUGUUUUCAUGACAUUAGCAGAGUAUUAAUGCUUACUUUACCACAUAUUAACAUGCAAAAAAAAAAAAAAAAAAGGCAAGUGUGAAGUGUCACCUCAGCAGGCUUUUCGAGUGUUUGUGCUUAUUGCAACUAAAGACGCAUCAGUUACGUUUUGAAAUUUCCUGAAGGUGCAAAGUAGGCCUAUGUUUUAUAGCGAUUAUUUCCAAGGUAAUAUGCCAAAGUCUCCUUAAGAAAACAAAAUAAUCAGAUCUUGUUUUUAAUGUCUGACUAGUUAAUCAAAGUAAUAUAUUUUAAUUAAUAUAUUUUAAUAUAAAAAAAAAAUUCUAUUUGCUAAUUGUUUUUGAAAAUCAACAGGGUAUUUACUCUAAUAAUAUAUUGGCUGUCCAUUUUUUCCUAUAAUUUUGUUUAGACUGGACAGACCACCGUACAGAGAAUAACUUUUGUAACUCAAAUUGCCCAGGUAUCUGAUGUUCUGUAUGGCCCAGGUUUUUCAAUGGAUCCGUUGGUCUAUAUUUUUCCAUAGAGAUGUUGUCUAAUAUGUGUAUCCAUUUAGCUGUCUACAUUCGUGUCAUUACCUAAGGUCAGUGGAUUAUUCCACUUCCAUUUUUAAAUGUACUUGUUAUUAAAUUGGGGAAUUAUGUCUUGUGGAAAAUUGGUUUUAAGAUUGUAGGGCUAGAAUUUGGAGAGAUUUCCACAUGCUUAGCAUAGUUAUUUCACUAAAACUGGUUUGCCAGGAUUUGAUUCUGUUAACACAAAUUUAAUUUAUCCCCCCCCCCCCCCCCCCCCCCAUAAAUAUUGAAAUAGUCUUAUUUGGUUGAUUGUGAUGAUAGGAUGCUGUGUUUACUCAUGUAGAGUUGGGGACUGAACUGCGCUGCACACAAAAAAAAAAAAAAAAAAAAAAUUAACAAAAACAUUCAAUCACAACCCUAAAAGGCAGCUGAAAUCUUUGUUAAUAAGGACUGAAACAUGAGUCAGGCAGCAGUCCCCGCUGUGUUUCCUCUCACUGAAGUUAGCUGUUGUGUGUGUGUGCAUUUAGAAGAGCACUUCAUAUAGCAUUGGCUGGGGUAAAAGUGUCAUGGGCAAUCACCACCGUUUUUAAAAAUGUCACGUUUGUCACUAGGUGAUUUGUUUUUAAUAUGUCUGUGUCAUCUUGUCUCCAUUUCAACUCCAAGUGAAUGUAAUAUAGUAAUCAGCACUUGUAAACAAAGUGUAUUUUAUCAAAAGUUAUAGACUAUUAUGAAUAAAUAAUGAAAGGAAA